AUGGUCCAACCGGAGAGCUCAAAAGAUGCAAGACAAAGGAGCAUUGGCUAUGAUGCGGAAGAUCGGUCCUUUCCUGAAUACCGUCAUGCACAAGAGGACCGGCUAUUUCGAGCUCCGGGGGAUCCAACAUUAAGGGACUCUAAAUCGAAAGAUAACGAGGCAAUGGCAAGGAGUGAGGAGGAGCUACAGACAUUUGAAAGUUCUCGGGUGUUCAGUAUUGAUCGAUCACGAAGCCACCCUUUUGGAAAACAACACAAUCGAGGCAGCACUCGCCUGUCUGACGCAAGAGUUACCCAAUAUGAUAGUUCCAGGGCAGUAGAGCGGCCCGAAGAGCACUAUCCAACUGCGGCUGGUCAAGCGCCGGUGGCAUACGGACUUCCCCCGUUGACUAGAGACAAUGCAGUCGACGAAGCAGGUGAAAAUAAGGCAGAGAGGAAGUUGAACCUCCUAGAUUUAGUAUCGCAACUUCGGGACCGUGAUAUCUAG